AUGGUCGCCCAAGUUCAAAAACCAGCCCCAGCUUUCAACAAAACCGCCGUCGUUGACGGUGUGUUCGACGAAGUCUCUUUGGACAAAUACAAGGGCCAGUACGUCGUUUUGGCUUUCAUUCCUCUAGCGUUCACUUUUGUGUGCCCAACCGAGAUUGUGGCCUUCUCUGACGCUGCCAAGAAAUUCAAGGACAUCGGUGCCCAGGUCUUGUUCGCUUCCACCGACUCUGAAUACUCCCUUCUUGCCUGGACCAACGUGGCCAGAAAGGACGGUGGUCUAGGCCCAGUCGAUAUCCCAUUGGUUGCCGACACCAACCACUCUUUGGCCAAGGACUACGGUGUUCUUAUCGAGGAAGCCGGUGUUGCCCUCAGAGGUUUGUUCUUGAUCGACCCUAAGGGUAUUGUGAGACACAUCACCAUCAACGACUUGCCAGUCGGUAGAAACGUUGAGGAAGCUCUAAGAUUGGUCGAGGCCUUCCAAUGGACUGACAAGAACGGUACCGUUUUGCCAUGCAACUGGACCCCAGGCUCUGCCACCAUCAAGCCUGAAGUUGACGCUUCCAAGGAGUACUUCAGCAGCGCCAACAAAUAA